GAGUAAAAAUGGAAGAUUACUGCAGUUCAUGGUUUUCAUGAGGAAGUUUAAAUGGAAAGAUUGCAAACAUCCUCCAAAUGCUAAAGUUGCAUGCAUUGUAGACCAGGAAUUGUUCAGGGAAAACAUAGUAUUCGUCACAGGAAGAAACGGUCGCCUAUAUCAGUAUAACAAAGUGACUGAUUUGUGGCAUGAGCAUUACCAAUCUCAGCAUUUGAUUCUAUCACAGUUUCCUGGAACAGUUAUUAGACCAUCACAGAAAUCGCUCUCAGGCUCACUCUUCAUGCUUUCAGUAGAAGGUGGCCUUGUUGAGUACCAAUGGAAUGCAUGGAAUGGAUGGAACUGGAUAGAACAUGGAACACCCGAUAAAGGCGCGAAACUAGUUGGUUCAACUGGUCCUAGCUUUGAGGGUACUCAACUACUUUUGAUUGGUUCAGAUGGAAAAGUGUACCUGAGAUACAUGGACAAAAAUGGUGCAUGGAAGUGGAAGGACUUUGGUUUCCCUUCAAUGGGAAGUGAAAUGGUUGAGGCGAAUCGACCAAGACAAAGUGGACUCAAUGAUGGGAAGGUAGUUUGCAAUGAUGAAUAUUCUAUGCAUGGCUUGAAGAAAGAUCAGAACAACCUUUCUGAUCAAAAGUCUAAAUGUGAUCCUAAGGUUUCAUCUACAAGACCAAUUCCAUUUUCUGAAGGUUCUGUUAUAUUUGAGCUCAGAGAUGGCAGGAUAAAAGAAAACGGAGGGAGUUCAUUUAAUAUAUGGCUGACGAGUGAUGACACGACUAAUGGCAGUUGGCAGAACUACAGCUUGUGGAGGAGACAGAUUGGGUUUGGUCAAGGACCAUUGGAACUCCAGCCAGUUCAUGCUUAGAAAAUUAUUGGAUCACUGUGGCAUCCUCAUAAUAUUGAAAGAAAAAGGUGAAUGUUAUGCUAACAAAUAUGAAAGAAAUAGUGAGUAGUGACACUAUUAUGCUAACAAAAAUGGUGAAAGAAAAGGUACUAGUUAGCAACACUUGAAGAUGAAGUAGCUAUUUCCUUUAAGAGGCUGAAUAGGUAGUGUUAGUAUUUGAGUUACAAUACAAAGCCCUGUGGAGAUGAGCUAUGAUAGCUUACUUGUAACAUAGAUGUAAAAGGAAAAUAAUAAUAUAUAUUUGUACAGCCAAAAUAGUACAUUGAAUAAGAGCAUGCACAAAACAAUCCUUUCAUUGUAUAUAA